CUUUUCUUACCAACUCGCAUUGGCUAUGCAUACGGGAAUGUCUUCAUGUGUGUUACUUUGAACGAAUAGAAUCACCUGACCCUUAGUCUCUCUCUUAACACCCUAAACCCCCUACUAUAUUGUCACUUUCGGAUCUUUUCGCUGCAUUACCUACGUAACCGUACCUACACCACUUACACCGGUUCGUAUCUAAGAUUUGAAACUGUUCUUAGAUAGGAUAUCCGAUUCUACAUUUGCAUACACUUACAUACAUUUACAUUAUUAUUCUUCCCAUCGUCUGUCCACUCACCUAUUCCAACGUUGGGAUUGGGUAUAGUUACCUAGUAUAAUAUACUUCUCACCUAAUCACUCGUUACUAUUUUUCUCUUCUUUUCCUUUUCUUCUUUUCUUCUUUUCUUCUUUUCUUCUUUUCUCCGUCUAUGUCUUCCAAAUCAAAACCCAAUUCGAUCUCGAAUUCAAAUAAUACCCGCUUAUCUAGCAUACCGGCUCGCUUAAAACCGACAUCACAAUAUUCUAAAGCCGAGCCGUCGCCGCUGUCGGCUAGUUCCUACGGAUCUAGUGUUGAAGACUACAUCGGUAGCGGCACCGAUACCGUCGGUGGUAGAACACCCAAUUUCGAUAGACGGUUAUCCUUCGUACAAGAGGACGACGAACGUUCCGAUAUUAGUCGACUACGUAGUCCCCGUCGAUUUGAUAUAGAUUACUCCGAAAACUCGGAAGACGACGACGAUAGCACCAUGCCGGAUCCUAAGAGACCUACUUUCUUCCGCCCCACUGACGGCCGCUCCGUCACACCAUUACUUAAAAAGUCCGAUGACGAAGAUGGCCGUGGCAGAGCACGGUAUAACAAUUCACGCCCGACUUCUCCCCUCCCUAUUCCCGUUUCUACCCCUUCCUCCAUCGGCACAAGACCUACCUUCUCACGACAAUCCACGAUGCGAUCACGAUCUCCCGAUACCCAAGCGCGCAUGGCUGCGCGUAAGAAAUACACCUACGCUGCCAUAUUCCUCGUCGUUUCACUCAUAUCAUUCUGUGUGCAAACUGAAUUGGGUCGUUAUGUACAGCACGAACUUGGCUGGGAUAAAGCCUACUGUAUGCUGUACUUAACACACGGCUCAUGGGCGCUGUUAUGGCCCGCUCAGUUAUUGAUAUUGCGUAUUCAGAAAUGGAACGUACCGUGGCCAACUUUCUGGCGCCGACACGUCUAUCUAUUGCGUUCCACUGCGCACAUGGUUGCCCAGCAGGAACUCGAUAUCCCGCGCCACGUUAUACAGCGCAGUCCCUGGCCUUACCUUAUCCGCACUACCGCUUUCAUUACUUCGGCCCUGACGAUAGCCGGUUUGAGCUGGUAUGUCGCUGUUAAUAUGACGAGCCCCAGCGACUUAACGGCCAUAUACAAUUGUUCGGCUUUCUUUGCCUACGCCUUUAGUGUGCCCUUGCUUAAGGAGAAGCUACGCGUCGACAAAUCCAUUGCGGUCCUAAUAGCGAUCGCCGGUGUUUUGAUUGUUGCGUAUGGAGACUCGAGGGGAGAAGGAACGGGCGACGAAGCCAAUACCGAGGCUAGCGCACGGUUCCUGGGUAAUAUGAUUAUCGGUGCGGGAAGUGUGCUGUAUGGUCUGUACGAAGUCAUGUACAAGAGAUGGGCGUGUCCCCCUGAAGGAACGUCGGCAACGCGAGGUAUGAUCUUCGCCAACGCCUUUGGCAGCUGCAUUGGUACCUUUACUUUAUCGGUAUUAUGGUUCCCUCUACCCAUAUUGCACGUACUAGGAUGGGAGACAUUCGAAUUACCAACGGGUGAAGCAGCCUUCUACCUAUUCGUUUCAGUUAUUAUGAACGCAACAUUCGCGGGUAGUUUCUUGGUCUUAAUAUCUCUGACAAGCCCUGUUCUAAGCUCGGUGGCAGCACUUCUAACAAUUUUCAUCGUGGCAAUUGCCGACUGGCUUAUCACGGGUCAGAGUAUGAGUGCAGCGGCUAUUGGUGGAGGAUGUAUGAUUGUCGUUGCCUUCCUGAUGUUGAGCUGGAGUACAUGGCGAGAGAUGACGGAAGAUGCGGAACGAAAGGCUGCAGUAGAUGUGGCAGGUCCUGUCGACUGGAGUAGCGAGGAUAGUGAUAAGGAUGGGGAUCGGUUGGAUUAGAAAGUUUCGAAUUGAAAUUUCCUUUUACCUUCUACGAUGUACCCAUUCGUUCUCCUUUGUGUUUAACGGCCUCCCCCUUUUCUCUAAAUGCAUACAUGGAAUCUUAGAGGAGUCGGGGUUAUGGAUAUACGGACUCAUCGAUCGGCCAUAUUACAAGGGUGGCCGUGUUAGAGCGACGAUAGACAUUGGGGAUUUGAAUCAUCCGUGUUGGAUCUACGAGGAUCUUGUGUUACUUGGUUGGUUAUCCUAGAUAUUGGCGGUAUGGAUGCUAUUAUUAUCUAGUCACCAUACUACUACAGGCGUUACUCGGCGUAUUUGAUUUAGGACCUGGUGUUAGGCUAGGUAAUGGUGGAGUGCAUCGGUUUAGAAGUACCGACGAGCAUCGCUUGUCUAUUUCCCACGCAGACAUGCUAUGGGAACUGGUGGAUUGGCUUGGACCUACAACAGAUGCCUGCCAUUUCGAGAAUCAAGGGGGAUAUAGAGGAUGACAUUGUAUUACCAGUUCAAUGGCAUCUUAAUACAGGCCUAUUAAAAUACGUAAAUAUCGUAGGUGAUUGAAGUUAGCAUACCAAGAAUUUACAACCAACUUUAAGAAUCGUGUCUACAGUAAUGUUGUACAUGGCAACUCGGAGUAGAUUACCUAAUAUGUAC